AUGUCCAGCUUUCGCAGGUGGCGUCAGAACUUCUCGGUCGCUGGCCGGCACCGCAGUUCCCCUCAAGCUGCUGUAGCACCUCAGAGUAGCUUGGAUCAUACGGCUGCUACUCCUACUGGUGGUCCAAGCGACGCAUAUGCGGAAUUGAGGCCCGCUCCGCCGUCUACGAACGGGCACCCGCCACAUCCUAUCGUGGGCGACCGGCAGGACGGCGAUGGGUACGAAUGGGAGGAGGACAGCGAGGGGGAAGAUAUGGACGUGCAGCCGGACGCGUAUAGCUGGGUUGACCCAAGUCUGGUGGGGUCGGCCAACCUACGAGGCAUUCCUGCAGCUCAUAGCACGACCCACCCUCUGGAGCGCAUCCCGUCUGAGCAACGGCCGCUACGUAUACCACCCACGCCACCAAUACCGCCUUCUCCGCGUCGCCGUCCGAGCAACGCGCCCAGACCACCCAAACUCGCCCCACAUGACUCGUACAACCUCCUCCUCUCCUUCCAGUCCCACAAUACAAAUACCACACCCCCUACUUCUUCAAUGGAUCACUCCAGCCCAUACUCUCCCUCCAUACAGCGGUCCAACUCGACUGCCGAGGCGUACCAGUCUAGCGACUCGCAUAAACGGGUCGUCAGCGUCGAGACGGAGUGGUAUGAGCUAGUGGAUCAGUCGGUGGUGGAUAGUCUGCCGAAAGAUGAGCAGAGGCGUCAGGGGCUAUGGUGGGAGCUGAUCAAGGCGGAGAGGGAGUAUGUGCGGGAUCUGGCGACGAUGUGCCAGGGCUUUGUGGAGCCGCUUCGUAAUCAUCAUCCACCUAUUCUCCAGCCUGAGAGCCGACUCGACGCCUUCAUCGCAGAAGUAUUCAGCACAAUACAAACGAUCUAUGAGGGACAUACCAGGUUGCUCGCUCAGCUUGCCGAGCGACAGCGGAAUGAGUGGCCCUUGCUUACAUCUUCGACGGACCUGUUUCUCGGCGUGCUACUGGAGCUCAUGCCUGCCUACGAAGCGUAUAUGAAGAAUUACCCCUUCGCGGAUUCGCGCGUACGCCGCGAGAAAGGCAAGAAUCCAGCAUUCAAAGAGUUCCUCAGUGAUCGUAACACCCUGGAACUGACUCAGCGGCGUGAUGUGACGGUCUUCCUGUCCCGCCCAGUCACUCGUCUACCCCGUACACUUCUCCUACUCGAGACACUCGUAAAGUACACUCCGGCAGAUCAUCCAGAUACGGAGGAGCUUCCUACCCUGAUCCACGUCCUCGCCCAGGCAGUUAAAGGUAGUCAGCCUGGUAUUGAAUCAGCAGAAGCCAAGAUCAAGCUCUGGAAUGUUGCGGAACGGCUGUUGUUCAAAAAGGGCGAGAUUGUCGAGCUGGAUAUGGGGGAGCCGAAGCGGUCUCUGGUGUAUUCGGGAUAUGUGUUCAGAAGGGUUCGGAGCGAGACUGCCUGGCAUGGAUGGCAAGAUCUGCAUGCUUUCCUCCUGGAUAAUUACUUCCUCCUGACUCGAGAUGAGGAGCAUGGGAAGCAUGUCGUAGUCUCCAGACCAAUACCGCUCGACUUUCUCCAUGUCGUCUCCUUUGACGCCGCCCCGGAACGUCGAUCAGACUUUAUGACGCAAUUACGAGGCGGGACGUACGAACCCCGAACGACGCCGGAACGGCUCAUGUGGCCUUUUACCAUCUCGACUUCGGCACGAGGGGGCGGACGGUCAUAUACGCUUUGUGCGGGGACGGAGCAGGGAAGAGCGGCAUGGAAAGACAAGAUUGAGAGUGCGCAGAUCUUGCGGCGAUUUGAUCUGGAGAGCAACAGGAUCUUUGCUAGUCAUUCGAUCUCGACACCACCAGAUCUGCGAGAUCCUAUUCUCUCGGCGGAUGCGUUCUCGUGGCUGGGCCGACGGACUGUGGCGGUCGCUACGGCCAGGUCGGUAUACGUCGGAUGGAGGAAUGACUCGACAACUUUCAGAGAACUUGUCCGUUUGCAACUCGGUAUCAUCAGCAUGGUCACCAUCGUCCCCGACUUUGGCUGGCUCCUCGUCGUCUCCUCGGGCAACCUUCUAGCGUUCAGUCUGAGGGACAUGAUGCCUGCCAGCGAUCCGGCUACUUGGGUCAUGCUCGGCAAAGUACAGGCAAAGUUCAUGAGCGACCCGGAAAAGGUGGUGGCGUUCGUCAGGGUGGGCUUUACAAAGGGGAGACUCCUCGUCGUCCAUGCCGCCCACUCAAGAAAUACCAGCAACACCCAUCUUUACUUCGACGAGCCCCUCCUCGUCCUCUCAUCUUCCUCCACUACCAACCUCGCCUCCUCCCAGCAACUCGAUAAACCCCCUUUCCGGCGCUUCGCCCAACUUACCCUUCCCGGACACUGUACCGACCUCUCCUUCUUCCGGCAGACCAUCGCGGCGGUCGCAGAGAAACAAUUCGUCAUUGCCGAGCCUGGCAACCCGGCGCAUACCUCAAUCCCCACGUUCCCGCCGGACCUAAGCGAAAGGGCGCCGGUCGUGCGCAUGAUCAAUGCCCAUGGGGCCAAGAGCGGCGCGUUAGGCAUGUACCAGAUCAAGGAGAAUGAGUUUUUGUUGGUGUACACAUGGGGAGCGUGCUAUGUCACCAAAUAUGGCGAGAUCUCCCGCUCGGGCGCCUACCUCCGAUGGAACCUUACCCCUUCCUAUGCUCUUUUCCGCCCUCCCCAUAUCCUUCUCUUUGACGAGUCGGGAGGGCGCGCCGAGGUCCGCGAUGUUCAGACGGGCAAGAUGUGCGAGGUGGUCGAUCUGGGCGGGUUGAAGCCGGUUCAUCUAGCGAGGGUGGAUGCGGAGGUGUUGGGGUUGACAGCAAGAGGCUUGGUGCAUCUUGUGGAGACCGUUGAGCUUUAG